UCUACAAAAUCUCUUUCUAAGGGUAACUUCUCCAUCUCCUCCAUAGAUUAUACCUUUGUACUCGGAGAGAAAAACAAAUCAUUUCUCUAAAUUUCAUCUAUAUAUGUAUAUAUACAAUAGUGAAAAGUAAAAAAAAAAAAGUAUUGUUCUUAUUAUUUUUUAAGAAAAUGAUCAGUUCCAAUUUGAAUUUUGGAGUUUUUCUAUUUGGUUUUCUUUUGUCCAAUAAUGUCAUUCCCUUGAAUGCUGAUACGAUACUAUCGAACAUCGACACUUUAGCAUCAAAUAUAUGUCCACAAACCAGUAAUCCAUCGUUUUGUGCAAGCAUAUUGGAAAAUGCAAACAACAUAGACUUGAAAGCUUUGAUCGCUUACAGCCUAAAACUUGCUCACACAAAUGCAGGAAAAUCUAUGACUCUAGCCAAAGCACUUGCAGUACUGACAACCAAUACUCUGCUUAAGAAACAAUAUUUGUUUUGCUUUGAGAACUACGACGAGGCGAUGUGUGACAUUGAAAAAGCUAAAAAUGAUUUGGUAUUUGGUGACUAUAGUGGUGUUAAUCUUGCGAUUUCUGAUGCAAUGAUGAUAGCUGAUGACUGUCAUGAUAGCUUCAAACAACCGUUGAAAGAUAUGUCAUUGCUUCCAAAUAAUACCAAGAUGUUGAAAGACAUUUAUAGCAUUAUUUUAGUUAUAUCAAGUAUUCUACCAAAGAAUAUAUAAUGAGAAAAACAACUCAUGUAAGCUCUUAUUAACAUUGUUAAUAAAUCUACUCUCACAUUAUUCAUCAAAUGCAUGCAAGAGAAGUAGAUUUUUUUUUUUUCAAGUCAUGUAAGAAGGAAAUAGAGAUUUACUUUUUGGAGUAGUGGGUGUGAGAGAGAGUGAUGGUUAAUGUUCAAAUUUAAA